AUGUUCUCUCCUGCGAUAGGAAGAGCAGCCCGCUCAGCGACUGCCUUCUCGGCUGCGCCAGUCAGCUGCCUCGCCCGCACUACGCUGAAUACCUCGCAGCAGCCCUUCCGCCCAGCUCACCAACGGCGCUUAUCCUCGUCAAAGCCCUCGACACCACCGAGCAACAAGAAGAAGCCCGCGGAAAUAGACCAAAAUGCUGCGGCAGAACUCCAGGGCUCGGAGCAGAGAAGUGGGGAUUCGCAGAAGAAGCCAAAGGAACCCUCGACUGCAACCUUGGGCAACAACAUACCCUUUGUCCCGCCAACCAACCACCUGCGGGAAGACGACGUCAAACUAUCGGCUUUCUUUGGUCUCCACCGACCCAUCUCCAUCUCGAGAUCCUUCCCUGAAGUAGCACCAAUGGAUGUGUUCAAUGCCAUCUUCGAAGUGCGAGAGCCAAACGACGCCCAAAGAAUGCAGAGAACCAAGGAUAUCCUGAGUGGAUUUGUCCAACGCAUACACGCCGAACUCGACGCACAAGAAGAGCGACGGGCAGACGCAGCGCAAGCCCAGGCAACAUAUCAUCUCGAUGAGCUGCCACUUCCCACACAACAGAGCGUAGAGAACUUCGCAGCUCGCCUCGUUCCCUUCUCGCCUCCCGCGGCACCUGUUGCUUACGACCCACUUGCAACCGAGUCCACAGCCGAGGCAUACUCAUCCUACGAUGUCUCUGUGAGUAUCAACCAGCGCAUAACUGAAGUCCCGCUGCCUUCCUCUGCAACAGAGAGCCCGAAAACUUUCCGGGAACACGUUGCGCGGCGGCGGUAUGGCAUGCUCUUGAUCAGUGUCAAGAGGCAAAGGAAGCUGAAGAUGAAGAAGCACAAGUACAAGAAGCUGAUGAAGAGGACGAGGCUGUUGCGACGGAAGUUGGAUCGGACCUAA